UCGAUGAAAGAAUAAUUUUCUGAGAUGCUUUGAAUUAAAAAGUUGCAUAAAUCAUUCAAAUAGUGCACUAAACAGUGUCUACCGGCAACGGCUGGCUUCCGAGGUGCGGGUGGAAUUGUUUUUAUCCGCAUUGGAGUGUCUGUGCUGUGGCCAAAGCGCGUUGUUUGCGGUCGGCGUUGCAAACGCUACACAAUCACACUCAACUGGCAGCCAUUUUCUAGUGCAAAGACAAGCGACAGUGAAAAUUUUCUUUCAGAGGGCUAGUUGAUCCGUUUCGCUCUGAAAAAAAAUCGGUUAGCGAUACGAGUGUCAAGUGGGCUCAGAAAAAGUGUGUUGGUGUGAAUUUUGGACGAAAAAAGAUAAUAGAUGGCUAGCCCGACUCCACAAAACAGUCCGAUGCCUCCGCCUCAAGCACCUAGCCCUAUGGGACCUCCUUCCCAAAGCCCUGCACCGUCACCUUCUCCACAUAGCCCGUACCAGCAGCAACCUCCGCCUCCACAUGCUGGACAAGGUCAAGGCCCAUCACACAUGCCCACCCCGGGCCAUCAUGUACCUCCGCAGCCAGGGCCUCCGCCAGGAUCGCAUAUGCCCAUGCAAGUGCCACCUUCACCUCACGGUGGGCCACCGCCAAAUCCACACGGAGUGCCACCGCCACAGCAUCCAUCGCAUAUGAAUGGCCCACCUUCGGGGCCUCAGGGUGGUCCAGGACAUGGUCCCGCUGGCCCUCCACACCAUAUGCCUCCAACAGGACCACAGCACAUGCCGCAACAUCCGCCACAUCCUGGAAUGGGUCAUUCGGUUCCUCCACAUCCAGGAAUGACGGGACACCCCGGUCAGGGACCUCCUCUACCACCAGGAAUGGUACCCGGUGGUUAUCCCGGUCAUUCAAUGCCUCCGAAUGCGGGUCCGCCGCCACCAGUACCAAUGCAACCGGGUGGUGGCCCGGGUCCAGGACCGAACUUACCUCCAGGAACUUCAAGUCCAGGGAUGAUGCCCGGAACUGCUCCUCCGCCGCCACCACCAGGGCAGGAGAAUUUAAAUGCGCUGCAGCGUGCGAUCGAUUCGAUGGAAGAGAAAGGCCUCCAGGAAGAUCCACGCUAUUCACAACUAUUAGCCCUGCGCGCCAAUUCUAAGCAGCAAAAUCUAAACGCCCCACAACUCCAUCAGCUGCGCGGACAAAUCAUGGCCUACCGUUUGCUCACCCGUCAUCAACCGAUCAGUAAGCAGCUUGCAUCACAAAUUUUAGCCCAGCGCCCCGAUGGAACACCACCGCAGUGUCCUACACCUCCGGCCAGUGGAUACCCCAAUGCUCCCGGUGGACCAUCACCGCAGCCGGGCAUGCCACCGCAGGGAGCACCACAACAGCCACCGCCGGGCCAGCAACAGCCGGGUGGUCCGCAGCAGCACCAGCAAGGGCCUCCUCAAGGUUCAAACCAACCCGGAGGCUUGCCACAACCGUGUGCACCACCGGGUAAACAACCCCCGGGAGGGGGUCCACCUGAUGCGAUGGGUGGUCCAAACAAGCCUCCGAUAGGUAGCGGCGGAAUGCCACCAAAUCAAAGCCCAAUGCCUGGCAUGGCAAUGGGUGGACCACCGCAAAUAGCCCAACAUAGUCAACAUCAUGCGCAGCAGCAGCAGUCACAGGUGCAACAGCAGCAGCAACAACAGCAACAACCACAUCCACCGCAGUCACACCAGCAUGCGCAACAGCAAAUUCCUCCGACCAGUGGACAACCGGUGCGCCCGAGCUCGCAAGGCCCAGCUGGGGGACCCGGACCACGGCCAGCUGCACCGGCACCGACAAUGCAACCGAUGUCAAAACAAAAUCGCGUCACAACCGUCGCUAAACCAGCCGGACUCGAUCCGAUAACGAUUCUGCAGGAGCGCGAGAACCGUGUUGCCGCAAGGAUCGCGCUUCGCUUAGAGGAACUGAGCAACUUACCAGCCUCCAUGCCGGAGGACUUGCGUAUCCAUGCGCAGAUUGAGCUGCGUGCUUUGCGUGUCCUCAAUUUCCAGCGCCAAUUGCGCAGCGAAAUCGUCCAGUGCACCAGGCGCGAUACGACGCUGGAGACGGCGGUCAACGUGAAGGCAUACAAGCGCACGAAGCGACAAGGUUUGCGUGAAGCGCGUGCGACGGAGAAGCUGGAGAAGCAACAGAAACUGGAGGCCGAGCGCAAACGACGCCAGAAGCACCAGGAGUUCCUGGCCUCGGUGUUGCAGCACGGUAAAGACUUUAAGGAGUACCACCGAAACAACAUCGCCAAGCUCGGCCGGCUGAAUAAGGCCGUCAUGAACUACCAUGCAAACGCGGAACGUGAGCAGAAGAAGGAACAGGAGCGCAUCGAGAAGGAACGUAUGCGCAGGUUGAUGGCGGAGGACGAGGAAGGCUACAGGAAGCUUAUCGAUCAGAAGAAAGAUAAGCGGUUGGCGUUCCUGCUGUCGCAGACUGACGAAUACAUCUGCAAUCUUACGGAGAUGGUCAAACAGCACAAGGUGGACCAGAAGAAGAAACAGGACGACGAGAUUCAGCGUAAGAAGCGUCUCAAGCGGCACAUUCUGGAGAGCGGCGACAUCGAGCACCUUGAUGAGCAUUGUGAGGCGUCCGAUUGUCGGGUGACGGUGAUGGAGACGGCCACCGGGAAGAUCAUCUCUGGCGACGAGGCACCGUUCCUGCGCGACCUUUCCGGUUGGCUGCAGUUGCAUCCAGGCUGGGAGUACGUCAUAUCCGAUGGUGAAGCGGACGACGAUGAGGAAGAGUCGGAAGGUAAGAAGCGUACCGAGGAGGAACUGAACGACGAGGCCAAGACGAAGGAAGUCAUUCAAAAGGCGAAGGUUGAGGACGACGAGUACAAGACGGAGGAGCAGACGUACUACAGCAUCGCUCAUACGGUACACGAGAAGGUAACGGAGCAAGCAUCGAUACUGGUGAACGGAAAGCUGAAGGAGUAUCAGAUCAAGGGUCUCGAGUGGCUGGUAUCGCUGUUUAACAACAAUCUGAACGGCAUCCUGGCGGACGAGAUGGGUCUGGGCAAGACGAUUCAAACGAUCGCGCUCGUUACGUACUUGAUGGAGAAGAAGAAAAACAACGGUCCGUAUCUGGUGAUCGUACCGCUAUCGACCCUCUCCAACUGGGUACUGGAGUUCGAGAAGUGGGCACCGGCUGUCGGUGUCGUCGCGUACAAGGGUUCACCGGCCGGACGCCGAGCAGUGCAGAAUCAGAUGAAGGCGACCAAGUUCAACGUGCUGCUUACGACGUACGAGUACGUGAUCAAGGAUAAAGCGGUGCUGGCGAAGAUCUCGUGGAAGUACAUGAUCAUCGACGAGGGUCACCGAAUGAAGAAUCAUCACUGCAAGCUAACGCAGGUACUGAAUACGCACUACAACGCUCCACAUCGGUUGCUGCUGACGGGAACGCCGUUGCAGAAUAAACUGCCCGAGCUGUGGGCGCUGCUGAACUUCCUGCUACCGUCAAUCUUCAAAUCGUGCUCCACGUUCGAACAGUGGUUCAAUGCCCCGUUCGCAACGACUGGCGAGAAGGUGGAGUUGAACGAAGAAGAGACCAUUCUCAUCAUCCGCCGUCUGCACAAAGUGCUGCGACCGUUCUUGUUGCGCCGCCUGAAAAAGGAGGUAGAGUCGCAGCUGCCGGAUAAGGUCGAGUACAUCAUCAAGUGCGACAUGUCCGGGCUGCAGCGCGUCCUAUACAAGCACAUGCAGAGCAAGGGUGUCCUGCUGACCGACGGCUCCGAGAAAGGCAAUAAGGGCAAGGGUGGCGCGAAGGCACUCAUGAACACAAUCGUUCAGCUGCGCAAGCUAUGCAACCAUCCGUUCAUGUUCCAGCACAUCGAGGAAAAGUAUUGCGAUCAUAUUGGCGUGCAGGGUACGGUUACGGGGCCAGAUCUGUACCGUACGUCUGGAAAGUUUGAGCUGCUCGAUCGUAUCCUGCCGAAGCUCAAGGCUACCGGUCAUCGUGUGCUGCUCUUCUGUCAGAUGACACAGUGCAUGACGAUCAUUGAGGACUAUCUGUCCUGGCGUGGCUUCGGUUACCUCCGACUGGACGGUACGACCAAGUCCGAGGAGCGUGGCGAUCUGUUGAAAAAGUUCAACUCUAAAAACUCCGACUAUUUCCUUUUCCUGCUAUCGACCCGCGCCGGUGGCCUUGGACUGAACCUGCAGACGGCCGACACGGUCGUCAUCUUCGACUCCGAUUGGAAUCCACAUCAGGAUCUGCAGGCACAGGAUCGUGCCCAUCGUAUCGGACAGCGGAACGAGGUGCGUGUGCUGCGGCUCAUGACGGUGAACUCGGUCGAGGAGCGUAUACUGGCGGCGGCCCGCUACAAGCUCAACAUGGACGAAAAGGUCAUCCAGGCCGGUAUGUUCGAUCAGAAGUCGACCGGUAGCGAGCGACAGCAGUUCCUCCAAAGCAUCCUGCAUCAGGACGAGAUGGACGAGGAGGAGGAAAACGAGGUGCCGGACGAUGAGAUGAUCAAUCUGAUGAUCGCGCGUACCGACGACGAGCUGGAGCUGUUCAAAAAGAUGGAUACCGAGCGGAAGGCGGAAGAAGUGAAGCCCCGGCUAUUGGACGAAGGUGAGCUGCCCGACUGGCUGGUGAAGGAGGACGAGGAGGUAGACCGGUGGGACUACGAGGAAGAAACGUCCAUCCUGGGACGGGGCUCGAGGCAGCGCAAGGAAGUCGACUACACCGACAGCCUCACCGAGAAGGAGUGGCUGAAGGCCAUCGACGAUGGGGCCGAUUUUGACGAGGAGCUGGAGGAGGAAGAACGCGAAAAGAAACGCAAGGGUCGCAAGCGGAAAGGCCGAGGGCGGGAUGAUUCGGACGAUGAGAGCAUCAUCUCGACGAUGACGAAACGCAAAAAGGGCACCACCGAUCCGAAGAUCAAGAAACAGAUGAAAAAGGUACUGAAGGCCGUGAUCAAGUACACGGACGCUGAUGGGCGCGUGUUGAGUAAACCGUUCCUCAAGCUGCCGUCACGGCGCGACCUGCCAGAUUACUACGAGGUGAUUAAGAAGCCGAUCGACAUCAAGAAAAUCUUGGCCCGCAUCGACGAGGCGAAGUACGUGGACUUUGCCGACUUGGAAAAUGAUUUCUUCCUGCUGUGUCAGAACGCGCAGACGUACAACGAGGAGGCGUCUCUCAUCUAUGAGGACAGUCUCGAGCUGCAGUCGGUGUUUUCGAAUGCCAAGGCUAAAAUUAUAGACAACCACGAAGAAGAAGAGUCAAACGAAGAAGCAGAGGAAGAAGAAUCCGACGAAGAAGGUGGUAGUGUAAAAAUGAAGCUGAAACUAUCAAAAGGAUCUACUUCAUCGACCUCGUCAGCGAAGAAGGCAACGCCUGCGCGAAGGAAACGUUCGCAGAAAAAGUAUACCAUCUCAGAUGACGACGAUGAUAUCGAUUAAAUGUGAAAACAUGGCGUGAUUGGGGCAAAGGCUCCAAGACCUCACGCGGUUACUAUUUGUAGGAAGAGGGUAAUAGUUAGUUUUACGCAGCAAACGCAAACUCGCCGCUGGAGAACGUGUUGCAAUGUUUACUACGUUUAAGUACACGAUAAAGUAAUCUUAAAAAUUCGACUCAAAUGGCAAAUGGCAAAACCAAGGUGUAACACCCUAUAAAGCUUCUUUAUUUAAAGAGAUAUAUACAGCAUUUGAUGAUUGUGUGUUUGGAUUUGCGUGCGCUAGGGCUUUUACCGAUAUAACAUAGUGCUAGAGGGCACCAGUAAUUGAAACUCGACACAAGCUACAUACUUUCAGAUUCUCCAGGGUAGGCGUAGAUCUUGUUCCUGCAAUCCUUCGUCCUUUCAACACGUGUUACAACGAGUAAUAUCGUUUAUAAGGAAGCAGGUUCAUAAUCUUCAUGUGCAUCAGCGACAUUGUGUCAUGCCGUAUUUUAUUAUUUUAUUAUAAACUCUCAUUAACUGGUCUACGUAGUAAUUAAAUGUAAUGUAAUAAUACACUA